AUGGCUGGUGAGGAGAACCACAGUAAAGAAUGUGAAACAGAAGCCAGUAAAGAUGUUAAACAGACAGAUCUUCAAUCGAAAGAUGGAGAAUUCAAAGACGAGAUGAAGUUACCGCCAAUUCAAAGUCUUGAAGAGUUUAGAGAUUUAAUGUACCGGAUGCAGUCUGUUAGAAGGCUAAUCGUUUCUGCUCUUCUGAGUAAUGCAAAAUUGCUUGACGAGUGGAAAGCUGUUUUACAUGAUGCAUUUGGUACUCUUACUGACUCUCGUACUAAAGCUUUCCAACGAGAAAUGCAAACUGCUUGUGCGAAGCUUCUGAUAAAUGUUAAGGACGAAACAACGGGUUUGACUAAAGACUUGAAGUUCUUGGAGCUUUUGGAUAAGGCUCGUGUAGAACAUCCUGGCUUAUGCUUUUCGGAGCUUUUUUCUUAUGUUGAUUUGGGGUCAAUUCUUGCUCCUUAUCAUCCUAUUAGUCCCGCAAAAUUUCAAGACGAGCAGUGUCAAACAGUAAACUUUCUACGGGUAUUUGUGACAUCUAAUUCUACUGAUAGGAAACCAGUGUUUAUAACUGACUGGGACGGCACUAUGAAAAAUUAUUGUUCACAGUAUGCAACGAAUUUACAGCCCAUCUACAGUGCGAUUGGUAUGACACGAUUUGCAGAACGAUUUACGCGUCUAAGUGCGGUAUUGACUGCUGGGCCUUUGCGAGGGCCUGGAAUUUUGGAUUUGACUGCUAUGCCUACAGAUGGGCCUGUUUUGUUUAGUGGGUCUUGGGGAAGAGAGUGGUGGUUGCACGGCAAACGUAUUGUUCACGAUGAUGGAAUAUCUGACGAGGGUUACAGCGCUUUGGAGAAAAUGAAUGACGAGAUGAAUUCGUUAUUGCACUCAGGAGAUUAUUCUAUGUUUGCAAUGGUUGGUAGUGGGAUGCAGCGCAAAGUUGACCGACUGACUUUAGGAGUCCAAACAGUUUGUGGACAUGUUCCGCCUGAUCUUUCUAAACGGUAUCAAGAUGAAGUUAAGGAGCGUAUGCAUCGUAUCGAUCCACAAAAUCACAUUCUGGUAUUUGAUCCGUCAACAUCGUUAGAAGUUGAGGUGGUUGCUCACAACUCUGGAAAUGUUUGGAAUAAAGCCAACGGGGUAGACCGUGUCAUGACAGCCAUGAACGACUCGUUGGAGACGCCUGGCCGGAUACUGAUUUGUGGUGAUACAAGAUCUGAUUUACCAAUGGUGCGACAGGCUGCAGCGAAAAAUCCUGAGGGCGUCAUGGUGAUUUUCGUUGGAUUAAACGAUGAACUACGACAAGAAGUUUGCCAUAUAGUAGGUGACGAAAGAAGAUGUUGUUUUGUCUCUUGUCCGGAUGUUAUUCAUGCCUCUAUGGCCACAAUUCUUAAUGAGGAUGUACGAGGAAAUUUAGGACUGUCUUCGUAA